UUGUAUUUAUUUAUGCUCUGUUGAAAACCUUUCUGAGCGUUUUCUUUCUUCCGCUCUUCUUCUCUGCCUUUCCUCCUCUGUCUCCUUCUGCUCUGUUUUGUUCUGCUCCACCAUGUCUUCAAUUCUAGGUUCCCAGGGGGUGGUCUUGGCAACAGCCAUGGCGGUCUCAGGCACUGUAAUUCUCUUGGCCAUCUGCCGGCAGAAGCCUCUGAUCUCCACAACCCAGUUUUCCGUUGUUCAGAAUUCAAACUCUUCGCCGGGAAUUCUACGUUCCUGCAUCUCGUCCGAUGAGAAGAAGAGGGAAAAGAAGAAGAAAAGAGUUCACUUUGCUGCUGAUGUGGUGGAUCCGAUGGGUAACAGUGAGGAAUUCAGAAGAGAACAUACCAAGAAAUCAAUGAUGUCGAAUAGAAUUUGCAGGUCUCAGAGUUACAGAGUCCAACAACAAAUGCCUUCUAACCGAAUGGCUCUGUACAAUGGAAUUCUUAGGGAUCGUGUGCAGCCACAAAGGAUGGGUUGUUCUUAUUAGAUCUCUCUGCAACUGAAAUCAUCCCUGUGAUUAGUCUCUCUGAUUUUAGUUCUUAACUCAUCAGUUUUGUAAAAAGAUGGAAGUAGUUGUUAGAUGUUGUUCAGUUUAAUUCACCCUUUGUAAAUAUAACAACUUUUUCUGUCACCUCAAAGGGACAGACAUUGUUGGAUCUUCAAGCUCAUCUGGAAAAUGGAAUUUCUCAUUUCUUU